GUUUAGCUUUCGUGUACUCUUUAGUCCAGCCAUCAUGCUCGCUGUCCGCCGUGCUGCUGCCCGUGUCCAAGUGUCUGCGUUCUCCGCCGCCGUGCCUUCCCGUUCCUUCUCGGACAAGUUUGCCGACAAGGAGCGUGCCGAAGAAGCUCGUUACUUCAACAAGGAAGAUGAACGUGCCCUCCGCAAGUUGCUCGCCAAGUUGAAGGGCCAAGCCGAUGCUGCCGAUGCUGCCGGUGCCCAAACCCAAGAAUCGAUUGAAAAGAAGGAAUUGGCCCAAAUCCUUGGCGCCAACGCAUCCCCUGCCACGAUUGACGCUUUGAUCAAGUGGAAGCACCACCACCAUUAAUCCACUUCUCCAUCCAAAACAGCAAGGCUCAACCUAACCACCGUUAAAAAUGUGUCCAUUCAAUCGA